GUGAUGUUCUGUGGUCAAAAAAGCGCGAAAAUAUUAUUUUUGUUUGGUUAACUUACUUUUUAGUUUUUUUCAUCUGUUUUAGUUUCAGGUUUAUAAAAAUUUAAAAAAUGUGCUCGUAUUGUUAGUGCGCGAAUGAAUUGAAAUUAUCCCCUAUUAAAAUGGAAACUUCUUCGGAAAACCCACUCGUUGCAAAGAAAAGAGUUCAUUCUCGUUCGAGAUCUAAGUCACCAGAAUCUUCAGAAGAACGAAGCAUAAAAAAGAUUAGAAUUGAUAACACUAGCAGCGAUGAAUUUAUACUGAAGGAAAUCACCGUAAACAUAGAAAAAUUAACUAACAAACAAAUUAGUUUAACCGAAAACGAGCCGAAAACAGAUGAUAAUGAAGUAUGUUCCAUUUCUGAUGAUCAAGACUGUAAAGAAAACUCAGAGAUACCAUCAGAAUGUGCAGUCACAGAAACUGGGGAAUCCCACACUCGGUCAACACAAUCUACUUUCCAAUCUACAUCUCAAGAGCCGAAUUUACUAGAAAGUACAAAAAAUCAGCAAAUGGAAUUGGAUAGUAGUACACAAGAAAAUGAUAAAAACACUUCAGAAUUGAACAUGAGCAGUAAAGAAUCAUCCGGAGAAAACGAUGAACUUAACGAAUCAAUGGAAAUAUCCAAUACGAAUAAGGAAAGCUCUACUCCGUUGCAAACUCCCAACAAAAAAUUAAAGUCUGAUAGUUCUAAGAAAUUAACACCGAAGCAAGUGGAGAAGAAGUUGGAAGCCGAAAAGAGGAAGCAAGAAAGGCAGAAGUUCCACGAAGAAAGAAUGAAGAAGAAGCUCGAGGAGAAGGAGCGCGCGUUGCAAGAAAAAAUGAAAAAGCAAGAGAUGAAACAGAAGGAAAUCGAACUACGCAAGAAGGAAAAAGAGGAGAAGGAGGAAGCCAAGAGAAAGGAGAAGGAAGAGAGAGAACAAAAGAGGAAAGAAAAGGAGGAAAAAGAGAAACAGAAGCGCAAGGAACGCGAAGAAGAGAAGCUGAAGAAGCAGCAGGAAAUCGAGGAGAAGAACAAAGAGAAACUCAAAGAGGAGGAGAAGAAGCAAAAAGCAGCCGCUGCUUUCGUCAAUUUCUUCGUUGCGAAAAAAGUGGAUGAAUCGCAAGACGAAACCAAAAUCCAAGCGUCAAACUUCCUGCAAUUCGAAGUCAAAUCCGACAUGAAACUGCCCCCAACCCGAAGGGAAUCCCUAUCUUCCGAACAAAAACGCCGCCUGGACGAGCUCAUUCAACACCAAAACGCACAAGCUUCCUAUUUGAAGGACCUUUCAUCCGGGAAACCCGUGGGCAGGAGCUCCCGAACGUGGCCUUUCGAAGAACCCACCGACGACGUCGUCUUGGUAGACCUGGGGGAAACCAUUUGCGAGGACAAGUCGAGCUUGCAGCGGUACAGAUCCAAGUUCCUGCACUUCCACGAGAACCGCAGGCCUGCCUAUUACGGCACAUGGAGGAAGAAAAGCAGGGUCAUCAAACCGCGAAAGCCAUUCGCUGAAGACGACCAGUUUCUCAAUUACGAAGAGGACUCCGACGACGAUUGGGAGGAGGAGGAACAAGGGGAGUCCCUGAACGGGUCCGAGGACGAAGCCGAGAAGGAAAACGAGGACGAAAAGGACGAUUACGAAGUGGAUAACGAGUUUUUCGUGCCUCACGGUCACUUGAGCGACGAUGAAGUGGACGACGAAGAAACGGCGCGGUUGUCCCCGGAAUCGCUCAAGCAGAAGCUCAAACUGCUCAAAGAGGAAUUCGAUGAGGAUAUGCAGUCGAAGACGCAGAAAUUGAAGCCCAGGUCGAUCGGGUGUAUUUGGUAUAGUAAAGAUGAUGGCAACGUUGACGAUCCCAUCGAUAGGUGCUUGCAACCUUUCGCCAUGAUUACCAGGCACACCCAAAUAAUCAUCAAGAGUAGAACGGAGAUCGCCAACUCUAAGAAGGAUAAGAAGGUUAAUAAGGAACUCGAUGGGGAACUGAUGGCUUCGUUUUUGAAAAUAAUCCACGGCAGUUGCAAGAAGAAGGUUGAUAUGGUCGAACAGUUUCUCACGCAGAAUACGGUGGCUGCUUCGAAAAAUUCAUUAUGUAACUUGAUCAAACAGUCUGCUGUGUACGAGAAAUACAAAGAUGAGCAGACGAAAAAGCACAAGUUUCGUUGGGUCGUUAAUAAGGAGUUUAGGGAUAAAUAUAAUUUUUAAGAUUUGUCUUUUAAAUGUUAUAGUAUAGUAUUUUUUAAUUGUCUAUUCUGCAUUAUAUGUUGCACUCUUCUGAGUUUAAUUUU